UGACAUACGAAAAGGGUGUGUCUUAACUGUUACUACUGUACAGUACGUGGCGCACUUAAUUUUAAAGAAAUUGGUGAGAAAAAAAUUAUAAACUUUUUUUUUGCAAUUCUUGGUGUAUAUAGCUUUAGGGGUAAGACGACGCGUUGACUUUAUGAAAUACAAUGUCCCAAUGGCAGAGAACACAAUUAACCUGUUUCCUCACCAAGUAGCAGGACAUGGUAAUUUACAGAGUUGGGAUGAGAAAACAGUGUUAAAACCAUGUACCAAAACUGAGUAUGACUUCUAUCGUGUUGUCUUCGAACGAAAGCAUGAGCUUAAAAACUGGAUUCCCCACUUGCACCAGCUGAUAGAAAAGAAUGAAGGAAACGACCGAGUGAAUAACUUUUCCCUGGGAAAAUACAAACAUGCUGUCAUUAUUGAAAAUCUGUGUUACGGCAUGACACGUCCGUGCAUUUUGGACAUAAAAAUUGGUCGCCAACUGUGGGCAGAGGAUGCCUCAGACGAUAAAAAGAGACGACUUGAUCUUGUGUCUAGUUCUACCACGAGUGGUUCACAUGGAUUUCGAAUCACCGGAAUGACUUGUUGGGAUCAAACUACUUCGUCUAUGGCGCAUUAUUCGACAUUGUGGGGUAAAACGCUUACUCCAGAUUUAAUUGUUCCUAGUCUCUCGUUAUUUACAAAAGCUCUUCCUGCGAAUCAAGCUUCAAUUGUUAUGGAUUUGAUCACUUCGUCGCUAAUGAAGUUAUAUGAAGAACUAAAGGAUGCGCAUAUAACGUUUCGAUCCAGUAGCAUUUUAAUUACCUAUGAUGCAUGUGACUCUUUCUUAGACGGUUUUGAAAAAUGUAAUUACAACCUGAGGCUCAUCGACUUUGCACACUCAGCUUUCUCGACAGAAGUUGAUUACAAUUACUUGUUUGGUCUAGAAAAUUUAAUUAAAUGUUUCCACGAAUUAGGGGAAACAGUAUCUAAAUAGAAUAUGAAAUGACAAUAAUAGAGAGAAGAAAACUUUUGUUUCGUGGAAGAUGCAAUUGCCACUGAAAAACAAAGAAAACAAACCAAAGGCUAUCAGGUAAAAGACGGAAACACAAGUUUAAAUACGGCUCAUUACUUUUAUUGCACUAACCCUUUAAUUGAUACAAACUGCCAAGACC